AUGGGUUUUAUCAAGGGGGACAAUCAGCCCAGCUACGCCCACGGCCCCGUCCACAUCAACCCCAACGAACCUCAGCCCGGCCAGUUCGCCUUCCUUCCCUACAGCAACUCUGGCUUUGACAACAUCCACCCUAGCGAGCUCGGAAAGCCAGGCACCAGCGAUGGUCGUUCCAAAGUCGCCCGCGCUUGUACAGAGUGCAAGUCACGUAAGAUGCGCUGCGACGGAGGCUUGCCCUUCUGCGGUCGUUGCAUCACCCACAGCCGUACAAAGUCCUGUGCCUAUGUCGACCCUCCCAAACGCUCCCCCAUCACUCGUCAAUAUGUCAGCUCGCUCGAGGCUCAGCUUGAGGAUGCCAAGCGCAAGAUUGCUCAACUUGAGACAACAGAGGCCAAGCCCGUCACCAACACCACUCACAACAAGUCCAUCUCCGACAAACCAGCAGCACCCAACUCCCUUUCUCCUCGACACGCCCAGCCCCUCAUGCACAACCGUUCCUUGACAGGCGAGCACGACUCUCAUCCAUCUCGUUUUGCCAAACCUUCCCCUUGGCCAUCCAAGAAGCGUCCUCGCUCCUCCACCAAUCGCUUUCUUGACGACGACGACGACAACGACGACGACAACAACGACAACAACAACAACAACAACAACAACAACAACAACAACAACAACAACAACAACAACGCCGCCCAUGACAUGCACGCCGAUGAAAUGCACGCCGCUAUGCCCCUUGCUGACGCCAAAAAGGAAAGCGAUGCGCUUGGUGGCGGCAACUUUGUCAGCCUCACCAGCUGCAACGCUGCUCUCCAGAUCGCCUCUCAGCUGAGUCUUGGCAGAAAGGCAGGCGCCAGCGCUAACCUUGCUGGUCACCAGACCGGUCCAAGCGCCGCUGACAAGCCUGGCGCCAUCCAUGUCUCUUGCGAGGCUCUUGCCAGUGCUUCCGCCUCGUCCUCAUCCGCCAUGCAGCUUCAGAAUUCCACCUUGCCUAACAACGUCGACUUUGCUACCUGGCACUCGGAGAGCCAGCGCUUCGCUGCCGAGCUCCUCGAGUCCUUCUUCGAGUUCCAUCUUCCCUUCUACCCCAUCAUCCACCCUGCAACUUUCCGUGCCCAGCUUCAGGGUACUGUCUGCCCUCCUCAAUCUCCCGCCUGGCCUAUGCUGGUCAACAUGGUGUUUGCCCUCGGCGCCUUUGAGCGCAGGGUAUCGGCAGACGAAGCCGACGUCGACACACUCUUCUACUCGCGUGCCAACCGUCUUUUCAACGCCGUCCUGUUUGACAAGGCCGAGAUCAUCUCGGUCCAGGCAUUGACCUUGAUGGCCAACUACUGCCAGAAGAAGAACCACUUUUCCAGCGCUUGGAUGGUGCUUGGCAGUGCGCUUCGCAUGGCCAUCUCCAUGGGCCUUCACUCGGAAGCUGCCUUGCAGGCUCGCGAUAUGCCUGCCUUUGAUAAGGAGUUUGGUCGCCGCUUGUGGUAUACACUCUUUACCAUGGAGGCCGACACAUGCGUCAGCAUGGCACGUCCUAAUGCUUUGCUCAGCAUCAACGCUGAUGUAGCUCCACCUCUCAACGUCGACGAGACGGCCAUGUCGCCCACCUUGGACCAGCUGCCCGCCCAAGUCUCGCAAGCUACGAUGAGCUCGACGCUUGCUGUACAUGCCAAGUUCGCCUCGGAGAUCAGCAUGCCCUUGCAGGCGAGGCUGAUCAAGGGUCCCAACCCUUCCAUCGAGGAAGUGCGUGCCUUUGACCUCAAGACCGAAGAGUUUGUCGAUCACCUGCCAAACUACAUGGACGAUGGCUACACUGGCCCACGCCCAGCCUCGUUCUCUGUUGCUACCGCACGACUUCGAUGGAGGUGCAAUAACUUCCGCAUGGUCAUGUUCCGACCCUUUUUGCUCUCCAACGCUGUUGCCGCUGCAGCUGCUGGCAGCCGUGGUGCGCCACGACCCGCACUGCGUCCUGCCGUCAAGCAGGCCAUCGCACUCUGCCGAAGGAUGGCGAGCAACAACAUCCGCUCUAUCUCUUGCUUCUGGCACUCGCAUCCUCACAACCAGGCUAUGGCUUGGCAUGCGAUCUACUUUCUCACUCAGAGUGCCCUUGUGCCGCUCGUCUCGUUGCUCGAUGAGCCUACCAACCAAGAGGCCCGCGAGUGGGUCAACCUCCUCCAGACUUGUAUACGCUUGCUCGUCGAUAUGGGUCACAUCACCCCAAUCGGCGCCAAGUGCAAGGAGGCCAUCGAGACACUGGCUGGCGGCUUGCUGCGUGAGUCGAUGGACGAUGACAACUGCCAGUCGAUGCUACUUUCCAAAUGGAUGUCCGAGGCUCAAACCAACAACCUUGCUCAACGCUCGACAGCAGAGGUCGACCCACUCGUCUGGUCUUCUCACCUCAUGGCAGCUAGCAGUCACGCAUCAGACGAAGUAAGCUUCCAUGGUGUCGUUGCACACCCGACUGACCCUUCGCUGACCAUGUCGCUUGACAGCGCCUCUUCGGACGGCAUGUCGGUCGCCGCCUUCGACUUUGCCCGUGGCAUUGACGCAUCGCCCACUGGCGAUCACUGCUCCUCGCUCGCCGGCUCGAUCGAUGCAUGGGCCACGGCGACAGCACGACCGACCCCAGCAUCGCAAUGGUCCGAGAACGGCUCAUCCAGCUUGCCUGACCGCGAGUUGUUGAACCGUGAGAGGAUCGAUCAUUGGUUCGGUCUUCAGGCUUCACACCCUGAAUCUGCUGGUCGUCACAAUGAGCACGGUGCUGCUUCAACAAUCUUUAACACCUCCGAGCCUGCACUGAGCCAGGCAGCAGCGACUGGACCAGCGACACAGUCGCACCAGCCAGCUACACACGACUUGGACUGGCACACAGCAGCUGCUGACCCAAGCAACUGGUGGAAUGUGCAGUACAAACAUUCUGAAACAUUGCCUUCCAACAGCUUCAUGUUUGCUCAGCGGGAUGUGCACAACAACAACAACAAUGCCGGCGCCCAACAGGGUCACGAGCAGCAGCACACCAAUGCCUACGCAGCAGCUGGCCACGUUCACCACCACGUCCACGGUCAUCCCCACCCACACAAUCACGCCCACUCACAGCAGCACUUGUUCUAA